AUGAAAUGUCAAGUCAAUUCUCUUCUCUGUCUUCUUCCCACAGAUGGAGUGUUUGGAAGGUGCCAGAAGGUUCCCGCGAUACACACAUACCGCUAUGAGGUGGCACCAGGGGCCUUGCAGCACUUGAAGGUCACCCUGCAGAAGCUGUCUCGAGCAGGUCUCACAUGGCAGGACGGGCUUACCCAGCGUGUGAUGGCCCAGGAGCUCUCAAGCCUCCCCAGAGCUUAUCCACGGCAUCUGGAAACUUCUGGCCCAACUAGGACAAUACAACAGGAUGUCGAUAGUGAGCAGCUGUAUGGCCCGGAGAAUGAGAUUGCCCUAGCCAAGACGCUCCAGCAUUACUUGCCCUAUCUGGGGAUUUUAUCCCAGGCCACCAGCUCAAGUGUACACCCCAGGGUGGAACAGGAGACAGUGCCAGCCAAGGGUGAGGACUCCUUCCCUGAGAAUGUCCUGACCUAUGUGGCACACGCAUCGGCAUUGACCUACCCGCCGCUGACUCGGGCCAGGUAUCCCGAGAGUCUCCCGGUGAGGACUCCCGGCCAGUUCCAGCCAGACAAGCUCAGCCCUGAGGCAGACAAUGGUGUGGACAGACAGCACCUGGCCACCGCGCUCAGUGCCUAUGCUGCCCAGAAACCCUCAGGAUCCUCCAGAGAGGGUGACUCCAUACUACAGAACCUCCUGAACCCCUCUAGAGUGCCAAGGCCUCCCUUAGCCCCAGAAGCUGCCAAGAAAUGGCCUUCACCUGCUGGGGACCCUGAAGACUCCCCAGGUAUGGACACUGAUGCUAUCCUCCGAAGCCUUCUGAAAGACCUGUGGAAGCACCAGGCAAAGGUGGAGCGCCAGGGGCUGCUGCAGCUCGAUGAGGCGGCAGACACGAUGGCCGGUGCUGCACACGGCGUGCGUCCCGGGGAAGGCCAGGCCAGUCUGAGGAGAGGGGCUGAGGGACGGCCAGCAGGACAGGCAGACGGUUUGGAGACAGCUUUCCAAGGUCACAGAGAACAAGAGGAGAGUGACCCCAUGGGCCAGGAGGUCCGUCGUCUGAGCGUCCAGCUUGGGGGCCUUUUGCAGGACCGGGGGUCCCCACUCUCAUCUGAAAUCCCCCUUCUGGAAAAGCCCUCCAAAACAGAGACAAAGAAGUCUGAAGAGCCCGCGGCGUCCCUGUCUUCAGAAGAGGAGACUGUCGGAGUGGAGAAUGUGAGGAGCCAGACCUACUCCAAAGACCUGCUGGAGAAGCAGCCAAACUGGGAGCCCAGCACCCUCGAGGGUGGGCACCAGAGCUGGGCUCUGGGGCUGGGACAGGGUGGGCAGAGCCUCCAGGCAGCUGCACAACCCACCCCCAGAGAAGGCCUGCAGCUGGAAGUCAAGUCCCCCGAGGAGGGGCAGCAUGACGGCUACAUCAUGACCUCAAGCGAUCCCCUGGGUCUGGACAAAGGGAAGCAGUUGAUGGAUGAGGUAGCCCGCCUCCUGCAGGUGCCAGCCAGCAUCUUUGUGGACAUCGAUGUUCUGGGGCCUGCAGUGACCUUCAAGGUGAGCGCCAACGCCCGCAAUGUGACGGCCGCGGAUGUGGAGAGGGUGACGGUUGACCACAAGGAGCAGCUGGAGUGGACGUUGGGCCUGACCAUCCUGCGGAGUGGCGUGGGGCCGAAGGCCGGACUCAAGCUUCUGCCUCACGAGAGCCAGGACGAGCAAGAAGACUCCACCAAGUUCAUCGUGCUCACCUUCCUCUCGGUGGCCUGCAUCGCGGGCGUCCUCCUGGCCUCCGGCCUCCUCUACUGCCUCCGCCAUGGCUCCCACCACAAGCUCAAGGAGAAGCUGUCGGGCCUAGGGGCUGGCCCCAGCACCGAGGCCACCGCCGCCUACCAGGAGCUGUGUCGCCGGCGCAUGGCCGCCCGGCCCCCGGACCGCCCCGAGGGCCCGCCCACCUCCCGCAUCAGCAGCGUCUCCUCCCAGCUCAGCGAUGGGCCCCUGCCCAGCCCGACGGCACGCAGCAGCACCUCGUCCUGGUCUGAGGAGCCGGUCCAGUCCACCAUGGACAUCUCCACCGGCCACAUGGUUCUGGCCUACAUGGAGGACCACUUGAGGAACAAGAACCGGCUAGACAAGGAGUGGGAGGCGCUGUGCACCUACCAAGCAGAGCCCAACAGCUCACUCGUGGCCCAGAGGGAGGAGAACGUGCCCAAGAACCGGUCCCCGGCCGUGCUGACUUAUGACCACUCCAGGAUCCUGCUGAACGUGGAGCACAGCCUCAGCAACUCCGACUACAUCAACGCCAGCCCCAUCAUGGACCAUGACCCCAAGAACCCCGCGUACAUCGCCACCCAAGGACCGCUGCCUUCUACCGUGGCCGACUUCUGGCAGAUGGUGUGGGAGAGCCGCUGCGCCGUCAUCGUCAUGCUCACGCCGCUGGCCGAGAACGGCGUCCGGCAGUGCCACCGCUACUGGCCCGACGAGGGCUCCGACCUCUACCACAUCUAUGAGGUCCACCUAGUCUCUGAGCACAUCUGGUGUCAGGACUUCCUGGUGAGGAGCUUUUACCUGAAGAACCUGCAGACCAGCGAGACGCGCACGGUGACCCAGUUCCACUUCCUGAGCUGGUACAACCAGGGCGUCCCUUCCUCCACGCGCUCGCUCCUGGACUUCCGCAGAAAAGUAAACAAGAGCUACAGGGGCCGUUCUUGUCCAAUAAUUGUUCAUUGCAGUGACGGCGCAGGCCGGAGCGGAACCUACGUCCUGAUUGAUAUGGUUCUCAAUAAGAUGGCCAAAGGUGCUAAGGAGAUUGAUAUCGCGGCAACCCUGGAGCACUUGCGGGACCAGAGACCGGGCAUGGUCCAGACAAAGGAGCAGUUUGAGUUUGCGCUGACGGCCGUGGCGGAGGAGGUGAACGCCAUCCUGAAGGCCCUGCCCCAGUAGGCCCGGGGCAGAGCC